CCAUGACUGGAAAAACCUUCUAUUGCUCGUGAGAACCCUUUCCUUUCUCUCUCUAAAUAUGUAUGGCGAUUUUAUCAUGCCAUUCUAGUUCAGGCAUUUCUACCAUUGUCUUCCAUACUUAGCAGAAACCUAGCCAUCAAUCUCUGAAUACUCCAUCUCUGAACCGUGUGUAUCUCAUUAGCUGCUGGAAACUAUGGAAGAGGAGAAAAGAACUUUGGCACGGAAUUUGAUCGAAAUCGUCGAUGAUAUAUCUUCGAUACCUGACUUUAGAUGUUCGGUGAAGAGACAAUACUACAACUUAGCGAGAAAGUUGAAACUGCUGACGCCGAUGUUCGAGGAGAUACGAGACAGUAAGGAGCCAUUGCAGAAGGAAUCCUUCGUAACCUUGAGUUCCUUGAAGGAAUCACUUGAAUUUGCUAGAGAAGUGCUCAGAUUAGGAAGUGAAGGAAGCAGAAUUUAUCUGGCUCUAAAGAGGGAAGAAAUUAUGAAUAGAUUCCAAGAAUUAACAUCAAAUCUGGAAGAAGCUCUCGGUGGAAUCAACUAUGUAAGACUUGAUAUAUCAGAUGAAGUAGAGGAACAGGUUGAGCUUGUCCUUACUCAACUCAGAAGAGGCAAAGGGAGAAUUGAUGCACCUGAUGUUGAGCUGGAGGAGGAUCUUUUAGCCCUUUACAAUAAGAUCAAUGACUUAUCUACAGACCCAACGCUCAUAAGGAGGGUAACUGAGAAGUUACAACUAAUGGGAAUUGAUGACCUUACACAAGAAUCAAUAGCUUUACAUGAGAUGGUGUCUGCCAGUGAUGGCGAUCCAGGAGAGACCAUGGAAAAGAUGUCCAUGCUACUUAAGAAGAUUAAGGAUUUUGUGCAGAGUGAGAAUUCCGACUUGGAUGCAUCUACAAGGAUUAAGUCCAACCCAGCUAGCUGCAGUGGUCAAGCUGUGCUGAGCAGGAGCAUUACAUCUCUAAUACCUAAUGAUUUCCGCUGUCCCAUAUCUCUGGAGUUGAUGAGAGAUCCUGUCAUUGUCUCCACUGGACAGACAUAUGAGCGAUCAUGCAUUGAGAAAUGGCUGGAACAGGGGCAUGCUACCUGCCCUAAAACUCAGCAAACACUUGCGAAUACGGUCCUCACUCCUAAUUUCGUGUUACGUAGCCUUGUAGAGCAGUGGUGCGAGGUAAACGGUAUGGAACCUCCGAAGAGACCAGCCUCGUCAGCAAGUUCCAAUCCUGUGCAGACCGAGAUGGAAACUCUCUUGCGCAUGCUUAAAUCGAACAGCCCAGACGAGCAACGAUCUGCAGCAGGAGAAAUCCGACUUCUUGCAAAACGUAACGCAGAUAACCGCGUGGCCAUUGCCGAAGCCGGUGCCAUACCGUUGCUGGUAGACCUUCUUCUAACCUCCGAUUCCCGCACCCAAGAACACGCUGUAACUGCCCUUCUUAAUCUAUCCAUAUGCGAGGAAAACAAGGGGAGCAUCAUAUCGUCUGGAGCGGUUCCAGGAAUCGUACACGUGCUGAGGAAGGGGAGCAUGGAAUCCCGAGAAAACGCAGCAGCCACGUUAUUUAGCCUAUCAGGCAUGGAGGAAAAUAAGGUUAUGAUAGGAGCUUCGGGUGCGAUCCCGCCGCUGGUGAUCCUUCUGGGUGAAGGGACGCAACGGGGAAAGAAGGAUGCGGCGAUGGCUCUCUUCAACUUGUGUGUAUUUCAAGGGAACAAGGGGAAAGCAGUUAGAGCGGGUGCGGUUCCGACUCUGAUGCGUCUGCUCAAGGAACCCCAAGGGGAGAUGGUGGACGAAGCGCUUACUAUUUUAGCUAUAUUGUCGAGUCAUCCCGAGGGAAGGGCCUUUAUGGGAGCCGCCAGAGCGUUGCCUGUUCUGGUAGGGGUAAUUAAAUGCGGUUCUCCAAGGAAUAAGGAGAAUGCUGUUGCUGUCUUGAUUCACUUGUGUAGUGGAGAUCAACAACAUAUGAUUGAGGUGCAGGAACUUGGGCUGAUGAGACCUUUACUAGAUCUGACCCAAAAUGGUACUGACCGUGGCAAACGAAAAGCCAUCCAGUUGAUGGUGCGGAUUAACAGGUUCAUCGAGCAACAAGGUGAGGGUCAGGCUACCGAGGCUGAAACGGUGAAUCAGCAGCAGGUAUAUGGUCCGACCUUGGAUAAUGCCGCCAUUGAAAGACUAGUGAUUUAGUAAUCUUCCUAUUUUUAAUUUUUAUAUUUAUUCUUUCACAAUGCUAGAAAUGGGAGGUGGAAGAUCACCUCAUCAUUGAUUCUUUUGUUUCUGUUGGUUUGAUAGCUGAAUAAGUUAACCGACAAAUAUAGCAGCAAACCAAUAGAAAGAAAUAUAGUGGGAAAACUGGACCUAGAUCUUUUAUUUAUUAGUGUGAUUGUUAUGUGCAAAAUAUUAUUUGAUCA